CGAGGAAAUAUUCGCCAUUGCUCUGUGGCUACUAAGAUGGUAAUCUCAGAUUCUACUUCAUAUUUUGCAACAAAAACCUAUCAUUGUGUAUGCUCACUUGCAGUGCAUAUGCUGAUUGGUUUUCAACAUCUUCAGUGCGAUAGAACUCGAGAUUACCAUCUUCAAAAUCGCGAGGCAAAUUGUUAGAAAGAGAGGCAAGAUAGGAAAAAUAACACGGCGUCCCGUUUCACCUUAAAUGGUGUGCAGUAUAGUGCCAAAUGCAAUGGCAAAUGACACUAGUACUUUUCAAGUGAAAGUGGUUGAUUCAAUGGUCAACGGACGCAUGCGCCAGCAAUAUGAACUCAUCCUUCAUGUGUUGGGGCUUUAUACUUAUGCAAUAGAAGAAACACCGUGUGCAAUGGAAUGAAUGAUAGUUUUUCUGCAAACAGAGCACAGUGUAAUUCCUAAGCUGUGCAGUUGUGUUUGCGGAAUUCAGUCGGUACUGCAUAUGAGUGAAAUGGUAUUGCCGGUGCGAAGACGCCGCCGCCACUGCCAUACCGCCACCGUUACACAAAGGAGUUGAAUGUAAAUAAUUGAUCGAUUAUUAGAUGUGAACUGGGCGGAUGUCGCUAUCACGCUGAAAUCGUCCCCCAUCAUCUUCUACGUGACGAUACUCUCUGUGAAAUAAAACCUGGGAACGCCAGCAACAGGCCUUAAGUGGUACUUACAAGAUAGAGUUCAAAGGCGAAAUUACACGUUAUGGACGUUCCCACGCCCGGGAUCUACUUCGCAAACUCGUUUCAGAUUGAAUACAGUUUUAUAUGGUGUAGAUGCCUCAGAAGUUAGUUCUGUGAUAAAGGCCAGCACAGAGGCACUGUUUUGAUUGAUAUUGUUGAUGAAUAAUACCGUACAUGAAUUUUGUGAUACAUUGUGUGAAGUGAACUUACCUACGGCAGAAGCAAUAAGAGUCCAACCAUCCCGUCACGAUGGGCACUGACGACGGCCCCGCCGAAGUGACCAUCCCGCUGAUGGACGUCUCCUCCUCCACGGUGCUGGCAUUCCAAAACCUCAACUACUCCGUUCAACAGGGAUCCAAGUGCAUUCUCCAGGAUGUUUCCGGUGCGUUCCAUUCCGGCCGGUUGGCGGCCAUCAUCGGACCUUCGGGUGCCGGCAAAUCAUCGCUGAUGAACGUGCUCAGCGGGUUCAAUGUGAAAGGUGUCCGAGGUACUAUUCUGGUCAAUAACGAAAGUGUCGAUCGCCAACGAUAUCGGCAGAUGGUAGCGUACAAUCCACAGGAUGUGACGCUGUUACCAACGAUCACCGUUACGGAGACUUUGCUCUACGCAGCAGAUCUUCGGAUGCCAUCCAGCGUAUCGAAGUUCCAGAAGAUCAAGAUUGUCAACGACAUCAUUGCGUUACUCGGGCUGGAGAAAUGUGCCAAAACCCAAGCUCGCCUGCUGUCCGGAGGUGAGAAGAAGCGACUGUCCAUCGGGCAGGAACUGGUGUCCAACCCGAGGAUAAUGUUCUUCGACGAACCGACCAGUGGAUUGGAUAGUGAAUCAUCCUACCAGAUCGUAUCGUAUUUGAAGGAUUUGGCCCGACAGGGUCGGUGUGUUGUUAGUGUGGUUCAUCAGCCGAGUUCGGAUUUGUUGGAGCUGUUCGAUGAUAUCUACGUGGUGGCCGAUGGCCAGUGCAUGUACAAGGGACCGCUGGAUAUGCUGCCGGCGACGUAUGCUGAUGUGGGGCUGAUAUGUCCGCAGUAUUACAAUCGAGCGGAUUUUGUCAUAAAGAUGGCAUCGAAAAACUGCCCCGAACCAGACAAGAUACAAAAGCUGAAGUUCCAAAUGAAAACGGCACCUGUUCAAAACGGUCUCAACGAUCGCAGCAACGGAACGCCCAAGCCGAACAUGCUAGACGAGUGUGAAAGCCGCUCACAGUACCCAACGUCCCAGUGGAACCAGUUCGCCAUACUAACUCGCCGAACCUUCCUCGGAACCGUACGUAACUUCACCCUCACCGUGCUACGGUUCAUAGGGCACAUCCUAUUCGGGCUGAUCGUCGGUACCGUGUACUACAACAUUGGAGAUGACGGCGCCAAAGUCAUCACAAAUAUUUCCUUCAUCAUGCUGGCGCUACUGUUCAUCGUAUUCGCCAACUCGAUGCCCGUUGUUCUCACAUACCCCCUAGAGAUGUCCGUAUUUGUUCGGGAGUACAAAUCCAAUUGCUACUCGGUUGGAACGUACUUCCUCUCGAAGAUUGUAGCCGACUUUCCGAUGAUGAUUGGAGGGGUUACGUGCUUUCACAUCAUCGCUUACUACAUGACCGGGCAGAUCAACGAACCGGACCGGAUGCUGAUGUUUUGGGGCAUGGCAGUGAUGAUGGGUUGGUACGCCCAGGUUUACGGAUUUCUCGGGGGUAGUCUGUUUCCGAUUGAAGUGAGCCCCUUUAUUGUGCCGAUUACGUUGCUCCCGGCCGUGCUGUUCAGUGGGUUCUUCAUCCAGUAUGACGAGCUGCAUGAUGUCUUCAAACCACUGACAUACGUUUCGGUGUUUCGGUUUGCCUUCGAGGGAACAUCGAUGUCGGCUUACGGUUUCGGCAGGAAGGAUUUGGACUGCAGCGAGAUGUUCUGCUACUACCGGAAGGCGAAAAAGGUGCUGGAAAUGCUCGACAUGGAAAAUAGUUGUAUUUGGGUAGACGUUGCAGGGCUAACGUUUAUCAUUGUAGCGUUGCACAUUUUGCUGUACGUGAGCUUACGGUUCAAAGUACGGUAAGCUGAUGCGCUUCAACACUAAGAUUUUAGACAAGUUAUAGAACUUAGGGAAAAAGAAGUAUGCAAUGAUUUCAUUGAUGGAUAGAAGGUAUGUAUUUGAAUAGUCAAAACAUUUCACCGUGACUAUCCACCGAAUGCCUUUAAUAUUACUGUGAUUACUUAACACCACUACUGAUGUUAUACGUACAACGUGAAAUAAAUGGAAAGCUAUUUUCAAAA